AAGAAUUCAAAGUAACGAGAAAACCAAUCCGGCAGCUGCUUUUUUAAAAUAAAAGUAGCGAGAUAAAGGCGAAUCAAUCGUUAGUUUAAAUCGAUGACAAAGACUCAUGAAAACAUCAGAGAAUAAGCACAUAUCCACAUUAUUUUUCUGUCACACGAAAGGUCUACUCUGCGAGUUCUUUUAGUUGUCUUUAUCGGAGAACAAUGCAAAGAAUUUUGCACUCUUCAGUCACAGUAGUUGCUUAAAACAUGCAACGACAGUUAAGUUAAGAGAGAGGCGAGGAAAAGUUACCGUAUAAUAUCAUCACUUGCACUGAUGCUCAUUUAAGACUUAAGAGACUUUGAUCACGCGCACGAGUAAGGCUAACCAGUAACCAUAGGAUCGUAUAAUUUCUCGAUUCAAAAGCUAACAUUCAAUGAGACACUAGGAAAGUCCGUGCGAGAAGAGAGGGGACAUUAAUAUUUGCUUUGAUUAGGUAUCGGAGUCACUUCCGUCUGAAUCUUUUCCGAAACAAUACUAUAAUUACUACACAGAGAGCUGUAAUCUCUGUUUAAUUCAACUUCGCUGGUGUACAACGAUUUAAUUAGACCUAUUUCAAGCCGAAAACCGUCAUUACCUGUGAGACGUGCUUCCUCUGUCAACUUCUGUCAUGAUCCAACAGCAGUAUAUUUUAAGAAUACACGGAAAAAUUUUAGUUUUGCGCCGGGACUCAGUUGUGCUAGCUCUAAUGUUUCAUUGAGUGUGUGAAUUUUCAAAUCCGACUUUACCUUUUUCUACCGUCCCGAAAAUGCAAGGAGAGGUGUGUUUCGCACUCCUGGUGGUUUGCCUGCUGCACGUUACAUUUAUUCCCGAUGUCGAAACGGCAGUUUCGGAACAAAUGAUCAAGCAGAUGAAAGAUAUGCACAAAAAGACGUGCAUGGCACGCUCUGGUGUGAAGAAAGAGGGUCUUGCGAAAUUCAUGGAGGAAGGAGUGAAUGACGAUCCGGCCUUUAAAAAAUACACUUUGUGUAUGUUGAAAAAUAUGCAAGGGUUUAAAAACGGAAAAAUAGCGAUCAAGGAUAUAGAAAACCAGGCGAAGGCAAUGCUUCCACCGCCGUUACGAGACGCCAUUUUAGAUGCUACCUCUAAGUGUAGCAAUACAGGUGGAGAUACACCCGAGGACAUUACGUACAAUUUCAGCAAGUGCAGUCACAAAGCUAAUGUCAAGAGUGUCAUGAUAAUCUGAAACUUCAUGCGGUACCAAACCGAAGGCAACUUAACUGACGCAUCGGCAACUGCACGAGUUGGAGUCGCCUGGCUUUCAAAAUUUCUCGACUGAAAAAUUCAUUAAAAAGAAGCAUUCCUUUAGUAAUUGUAUUGUAAAUGUGUAAUUAAAAAUAAAUGUUUGUUUUCUUACU